AUGGCUGGUCCAUCUAAUGCAAAAGGAUCAACUUACAUUCAAGUAGAUGUUCAUUACGAUGGAAUGUUUUCCCCCAUUCCUCAUCUUAUAUACUACCUGAAUCAAAAAACGUCAAUUACAGAUGUCGAUUUUGGUGGAUUAAAUUUCAAGGAGUUCAUUCAUGUUCUUGAGGAUGUCACAAAGGGGAAGUGUCCUGUUGUCUACUACUGUCUUGGGCAUAAGUCAAUGCGUGAUGGGUUGACACCACUGAAAAACGAUGAUGACUACAGGAGGUUUCUUGAUGUUGCACAUGGUAACGAGGGAAAGAUUAAUGUAUAUAUUGAUCACUACAACGAUUCGGUGCUUGACUGGAUAGAGGAAGAAAAGGAAGAAAAAAAUGUUGAUAGUGAAAGCUCUGAUGAAGAUAAAGACUCGGUCAUGUCUGAUGCUCUAUCUGUUGAUCAUGAACCCGAUGAAGAGGUAAUACCAUUGACUAAAUCUGAUGAUCCCUUUCUUAACUAUAUUAGUGUUGUCCCUAGAGAUGAGUUUGUUGAUGAGGAUGAUGAUUCAGAUAAUGGAACCAAAGAAGCCCCAAUUUACCCUUUUCAUGACUCAACUCAGAAAUGGGAUACAAUGCAACCCAUCCUUGGUAUGAGGUUUUGUAACCCUCAAGAACUUAAACAGCUUGUCUCAAACUAUGCAGUAGCAAACGGUUUUAACCUUUGAGGUGAGCUUCUUUCAGCUGUAGGUAGAGACGCUAACAACCAUAUUUACCCCAUUGCUUGGGCAGUAGUUGCAGUUGAGAACAAAGAAACUUGGAAGUGGUUUCUAAACUUACUACUUAAGGACAUUAACAUAGGAAAUGGGGCAGGAUUAACCUUACUUUCUGACCAACACAAGGGUCUUAUUGAGGCUGUUAAAGAAAGAGUACCAGAUGCUGAGCAUAGGCAAUGUGCUAGGCACGUCUAUGCUAAUUUCAAGAAAAAAUUUAAGGGUGCUGCAUAUAGGAAGCUGUUUUGGAGGGCUGCAAAGGCCACAACUGUGCAGAGAAAGAAAAUAGUGGACAAGAGGAAACAUCUAAGGUAUUGGUAUGUAAUUCCCAGUGGAGUGCAACAAUUUGAGGGCCAAGUACUAAAGCCAAAAAGAAGAAGGGUAAACAUGUUCCUGAUGUUGAGGAUGAGUCUGAAUUUGAGAUUGAAGAGAUGGAUGAAGUUGAAAAUGAGUAUGAAUCUGAGAUUGAAGAGCUGGCUGAAGAUGGUGAUGAACCUGAUCAGGGACAAGUUGAUGAACAAGUUGAACCUGCUGUUGAACCUGCUGUUGAAGCUUGCUGUUGUUGAACCUGAUGAACAAGUUGAAGCUGUUGUUGAACCUGAUCAGGAACAAGUUCAUGAACCUGAUCAGGACCAAGUUCAUGGACCUGUUGUUGAGGAACCUGCUGCACAACCCGUUGUUGAAGUUGAACAAAGAGCACAACCAUUGAAGAGGAAAAGGAAAUACUCAGAGAGGAUCACUAAAGUGCAUUAA